UUGAACGAGAGAUUGACAGAAGAAGAGAAAGCGCGCGGCUUAUGAGGGAAUGUCAAAAUGGGAGAAGAAGUGAAGAUACAAAGUAUCAACGCUCGCACGCGGUCACAGCACACUGCUGUUUAAGCAUGUCCACAGAUGACAGCAUUUCUGAGGACAUGUCCAGCUCUGUGGCUUUGAGCCAUGAUCAAAUCAGUGCUAGUGGCGGGAAGGAGAGUGAGGCGUCCAUCGCCUCCUCAGAGGACACCGUGUCGGGUCUCUCCGAAGAGGAGCGAUCCACCUUCCACCCCGUCCAGACCCUGAAGGGCUUCCUACAGGCGGCCGAAGGAGCAAAUCGACCCUCAACCACACCAGCAUGCAACAUUUCGAACAAAAUAAGGAAUCUGUGUCUUCGCGCUGAGGAGGAGUUCAGCUCAGAGAGAAACCUGCCCUUCAUCAACCUCAACUCCAUAGAGACCCUCAGAGCCCUGGUCCAGGAGAUUCAGAGCAGUGGAGAGGUGGAUCCUGAGAUCUGGAAGAACUGUGAGGGCCGGUGGCUACAUCUCUUUCAGUUGGUAGAAAAGCAAUACAAAGAUCAAAUUCUUGCUCAGCAGGAACAGUACCAGUGCCAAAAACAGCUAAUACAGGAUGAAAUUAAGGCGUUAGUGCAAAAACAUCAAAUCAGUGCACAGACACCAUCUCUGGACCUGCCCCUGCACCCGAGUAUGAACCCCAAGCUUCUAAAGGACCCGGUGACUGAGAAUACCUUUUCACCCUCUGCCCCGGGGCCCCUGUCACCCCCUCAGCUCACCAUUCAACCUCAGGAGAGCUCGGAGGAGGGAAUGGUUACUGUCUUUAGCAGCGGCUAUGGGACUCUUUCUACCUGGGAACAUGGAUUAGAACCAGGUUGGCCAAGUUCUGCAGAAGGGAGGGAUGAGGUGCUGUGGUCCCCAAAUCUGCAGCACAGCAGUCUUACACCAUCCCCUAUACCUGACACAAGCCCAUUGGACCAGAACCCACUGAGCGGAACGAUUUCAGCCAAUGACAUGCUCCAGAUGACUGUAGCAAGCACACCUAAUGCACCGUCUGAAAAACAAAGAGUAAUAAGUCAUCCUCUGACCUCCUGGGCCCAAAGGCAAAAACGCAGACAAAGAGCAGAACAGCACAAAACAGACCAUCACAUGUGGAGGAGAGAGAUGGGAACACAGGAGGAGCAGGAUCUCCUAAGGAGCACACUCAAAAUUCAGCUGAUUGCAGUGUCCAUGAAUCCUCUGCUACUAAAGAGAAGUGACAAUCUGGUGUCUGAAGCCUCAGGCCUCUCUUACUGGAAGCUGGAUGAGAGUGAGCUCUACCGCCCCCUACCUGACAAUUUUGAAAGUGGUUCCUUUGUCCUAAUGCAGACUCCAGAUGAGAACUGUCUCUCCCUGUCUCUGUGCGAGAUCUACCACAGCAAGCAGAGAGCAGAUCCCAAAGGCCACGAGUGGGACUCUUUAAUCAACUCCUCCACCUCCUCCCCUCAGGUUUUGACACUGGACUCCACAGUGCAUAUGAAACACUCCGAUCGCACCUCUGGCUUCAUGUCUCCGUCACAUUUCAGCAGUCCAUCUGCGCAGGCCCGUGCAUGUGUCAGAAGCAGCGGAGCUCCUGUCAGUCCGGACUCCAUGGGUCUGCGCAGCCACAGUGACACCAACUGCAUCUCCAAUGCCAGCAGUCUGUCUGCGCAGCAGGCACCUGACCGGACGCUUCGAACUAACCAGGCCAACAGCGAGGAUGAGGGCAGCCACACUGCCACAGUCACAGUGCAGCCCAGAGGGCCGUCCACUCACAAGAACAGAGGCAGGUUGGGGUCAGGCACUGGAAGACUGGAAAGAACGAGCUCGUUGGAAGAUCCAGUGGUUCUCUCACUGUUGAGACAGAACAUUAGGGAGAAGAACACUCGGCACACAGCAGAUCUCAGAGCGUACUAUGAGGCAGAGAUCGGUGAUUUAAAGGAGAAGCUGAACCUGGUGAAUUUACCUCUCGAGGUGGAGAAAAGCAACCAGAUCUUACUAGAGAGAUGUCAGCACCUGGAACGAGCAUUAACAGAGGCAAACGCAUGCAUCAGAAAGCUGGAGAUGGGAAACCAUCUCUUGGAGAGGCAGCUGGUGGAGUGGCCAGAACGUUACAAUGCAGCCAGUGCCAUGGUCCAGGCCUUACAGCAGCGGUUACAAGAGACCAAACACAGCAGCCGAGAGAAAGAUGCCACCGUGACUAAACUGAAGAACCGCCUGCGUCAACUGGAGGAGGCCGUCCAGAAUACCUGUAAAGAGGUGGAUGAGAAGGAGGCACGUAUGAAGAAAGAACUCAAGAUGCUGCAGGAUCUGUUGCACGAGUAUGAUUCACUGAGGAAGGAACAUAAAGGAUCUAAAGACAAGCUGAUCUCAACUGAAAAUAAGCUCUUUGAUGCCAAUGAACAAAUCUGUGAACUGAAAAGAUUGUUCCAUCACCCUGAUCUGCUGCUUUCACCGAGUAAAAGGGAGCGAAAUGUUGAAUGUAGCAUGAGGAACAGUGCUGAACAGACAUGCGGACCGUCCUCUGACCGUACAGCCAGAGGACGGGUGUCUCCUCCAGAGAGAGAGCAGAUUCAAGGUCACUCUGAGGAUCCGAGGAAGAGAGAUGUUCCCCUGACACCCAUGAUGAAGGCCCUGACUCAGAUGGAGGACACUAAAGCCACAGAGGGACGAACUCUUUCCAAGACCAAGUGCACUUCCUCCAGCGGAGGCCUACAGUGGCCUUUUGUGGAGAAUUCUGUGAGGGAGUCACUUCAGGAUUCGAGUGGAGCGAGGGCCACAGAUCAUCAUCUCUGCCACCCAGGACACAGAGACCACUUCCUUUCUCCACACCUACAAAGAGGGACACAUUAUUCAUGCCUUUCUCAGCCAAGUAGCAUUCAGUCCAGUGUGUGCUCGUCUGAGGCUCCAGAGAGCAGUGAGUCUGAAGAGCAUGGAGCUGCACACAGCUGGCAGGAACAGGAAAUCGCAGUCAGUUCGCUGCAGAUGGCAGACGCUGGUGAAGACCCGCCUCUCUCUUGUCAGCCACACAUUCGGUCAUUGGCUGAUGCUGAACACCUCUUUCAUGAGCUCACACAGGAAAAGCAGCAGAUUGAAGCAGCGCUGAGCAGGAUUCCAGGCUCCGGGGCCCGUGUCACAUUGCAGACCAGGUUAGACGAGGUGUCAUUGGAGAAUCGCCUAGAAAAGGUGAACCGUGACCUUGGAUUCAUCCGCAUGACUUUGAAACGGUUCAACAUCUAAUCAAUAAUGAUUAAUGAUCACAUUCAGUGGCUUUCUUAAUCCUGGACCAUAUGUAUUAUUAUUAUUAUUAUUAUAAUGGAAUAUACUAAAGCUCCACUGUACAGUUUCCAAUGUGUACAUUCAGUAAAUAUUUCUAUUUUUAUUUAUUAAUUAUUUUUUUUACUGUAGGAUCUAUUUUGUAUGUUUUAUCACAUGGUAAACAUGCUAUAAAGUAUAUUUUAAUAAUACCUGGAUUUGUAAAAACAUUUUACUUUUUUAAUGCCACAGAAAUAUGAAAAAUGUAUCCUUGACUCAUUCAGGUUAAUGAUGUAUAUAUUUGUAUUUUCUUUUAUUGCUGCUGAUCUAAAUGAAUGGUGGAAACUUAGUCCUGCAGGGCAGUUUAUUUGCUGUAUGUUUUUAUUCAUAUUUUCAUCCCACUCUGUCUUAAAUUAUUGAUUGAAAUGACAUUUAAAAUGUUUUUUUUUUUUUUUUUUUUUACACUGGUGCCAUCAUUUGUGGCAUGUCCAUUUAUUUGUUAUGUAACAACAUUGCCUGGUCCAUAUGCGUGCAGAGAAUGAUAAAAUGCAUCCGAUAAUAGAAUGAGGAGAGUUGAAUUGCCUUGUUGAAAUCAUCUCACACCAAGAAAAUGAACUCAAACUAGCAGACUGUUUACACAUUAAGUUCAAAGGUAGACCUCUGACAUUUUGAAUGCAACAUGCACAGGAUGUACUGCUCACUUUGAUGCAUGAAAUUUUAAAUAUGCUCUGCUUUUCCAUUUUUAGCUGUUGACAGUUCAUUUGUUUCCCUGUUGCUCACAGAAUCUAUUUACUGUUGCACUAAAAUGUUCCACAAUUAAAACUGCAUACUGAGUCAUGUGUUUGGCAAUUUAAUUCAGUGUUCUCUGUAUUGUUCAAGUCAUUAUUAUUUGAUGACAUUUGGACUGUUACAGACUCCUGCCUGUUUGCUUUAGUCAUUCAUUAUAAGUCUGAGUGUACAUUAAUCAGAACGGUGUAGAUUUUAAAAGAAGUUCACCCCACCCAAUAAA